AUGGGCCACCUCAUCACCGUCGCGACAUGCUCGCUUAAUCAAUGGGCCCUCGAUUUUAAAGGAAACCUCGCCAGGACAUUGGAGAGUAUUCGAAUCGCCAAAGAGCGCGGUGCGACUCUACGCAUCGGUCCCGAGUUGGAGAUCACCGGUUAUGGAUGCGCCGAUCAUUUCUUAGAAGGUGACACAUAUCUACAUUCAUGGGAGAUUCUCGGACAGAUCCUGAGCUCUAAGGAGGCCGAAGGCAUGCUUCUGGAUAUCGGAAUGCCUGUGAUGCACAAGAACGUUAAGUACAACUGCAGGAUCAUCACCCUGGACUCCAAGAUCCUGUUGAUCCGACCCAAGAUGUUCAUGGCCAACGACGGGAACUAUCGUGAGCUCAGAUGGUUCACGCCCUGGGGCAAGCAUCGCACCACAGAGGAACAUUAUCUUCCUCGAAUGAUUCAAAAAAUCACGGGCCAGGUGACGGUGCCGAUCGGCGACGCCGUUAUCUCGACUCACGAUUCUUGCAUUGGCGUAGAGAUGUGCGAGGAACUCUUUACCCCGAAUAGUCCUCAUAUUGGAUUGUCGUUGGACGGAGUCGAGAUUAUCACGAACAGCAGUGGAAGCCAUCACGAGCUGCGCAAGCUCCACACUCGUGUAGAACUCAUCAAAGAGGCCACUCUCAAGAGCGGAGGAAUCUACUUGUACGCAAACCAGCAAGGAUGCGACGGUGACCGACUCUACUACGACGGCUGCGCUCUGAUUCUCGUCAACGGUGAGGUCGUUGCUCAGGGGUCACAAUUUUCGAUCGGAGAUGUCGAGGUCGUCACCGCCACUAUUGACCUCGAGGAUGUCCGCUCGUUCAGGUCCAGCUGCAGUCGAGGUAUCCAGGCUUCGACGAGCCCUUGUUUUAAAAGAAUCGAGGCUAAUGUGGCUCUGUCGGACGGGAGACUCGAGGACAAUCCUGCGCUUCGACCAACACCUAUCAAACCGGUCUUUUAUCAUACUCCGGAAGAAGAGAUCAGCUUGGGGCCCGCUUGCUGGCUCUGGGAUUACCUCCGCCGAUCCAAAACCAGCGGAUUCUUCUUGCCGUUGAGCGGAGGCAUUGACAGUUGUGCGACCGCCACGAUCGUGGCAUCAAUGUGCCGUUUGGUUGUUAAGUCCUGCGCCAAGGGCGAUAAGCAGACAAUCGCAGACGCGCGACAGGUGACGGGUGAGAGUGUCGAGACUGGAUACAUCCCUCAGGACCCUCAGGAAUUCGCCAGCCGCAUUUUCCACACCUGUUACAUGGGUACUGUGAAUUCUUCCAACGAGACACGCGCGAGAGCCAAGAAACUCGCGGAGACCAUUGGAAGCUACCACAUCGACAUGAAUAUGGAUACGGUGGUCGCGGCGCUUCAGGCCCUGUUCACGCUGGUGACGGGCAAGACCCCACAGUUCCGUGCACAUGGCGGAUCGAAUGUCGAGAACUUGGCUCUGCAGAAUAUCCAGGCCCGUAUCCGAAUGGUCGUAGCCUACCUUCUGGCACAGCUUCUGCCAUGGGUGCGUGGUCGUCCCGGGUCGCUGCUUGUCCUCGGAAGUGCCAAUGUUGAUGAGUGCUUGAGAGGAUAUUUCACAAAAUACGAUUGCUCGAGUGCGGACAUCAAUCCUAUUGGAGGCAUCAGUAAACGGGAUCUGCGUCGUUUUAUUGCCUAUGCGCAGCUUGCCUUUGACAUGCCCAUUCUCGAGAGUUUCCUGGAUGCGACACCGACCGCAGAAUUGGAACCGAUCACGGAGACAUAUGUGCAAGCAGAUGAGAUCGAUAUGGGCAUGACAUACGAUGAGCUAACCGAGUUUGGUCGUUUGCGUAAAGUCUACAAGUGUGGGCCCUACAGCAUGUUCACAAAACUCGUCCAUCUUUGGAGCGAUAAGAUGGACGUCGCUGAGAUCGCGGUGAAGGUGAAACGCUUCUUCUUCUACUACUCCAUCAACCGCCACAAGAUGACGACCCUUACACCGGCCUACCAUGCAGAGUCUUACAGCCCUGACGAUAACCGCUUUGAUCUGCGUCCAUUCCUCUAUAAUGCCACGUGGUCCUGGCAGUUUGAAAAGAUUGACAGGACCGUCCAAGUCAUCGAGAAGGAACAACAGCAUCUCAAGGAACAUCAAUAG